GUACAUGUGCAGGAUGUGCAGGUUUGUUACAUAGGUAAAUGUGUGCCAUGGUGGUUUGCUGCACCUGUCAUCCCAUUGUCUAGGUAUUAAGCCCGGAAUGCAUUAGCUAAAUUUUCUGAUUCUCUUUCUCUCCCCACAUCCCCGACAGGCCCCAGUUGUUUCUCUCCCUGUGUCUAUGUUAAAACAUAUACCUUUUAAUAUGACUGCUAAAAAUGAUCAUUUCAGGGUCUUUAAUAUUGUGAAGCAUUCUUCACCUCCAUCAGAGAGCAAGGAAGUAUGAGCCCUGAGAACCUGAGCAGCGUGUCUGAGUUCCUCCUCCUGGGUCUCCCCAUCCGGCCAGAGCAGCAGGCUGUGUUCUUCACCCUGUUCCUGGGCAUGUACCUGACCACAGUGCUGGGGAACCUGCUCAUCAUCCUGCUCAUCCGGCUGGACUCUCACCUCCACACCCCCAUGUACUUCUUCCUUAGCCACUUGGCUCUCACUGACAUCUCCUUUUCAUCUGUCACUGUCCCUAAGAUGCUGAUGGACAUGCAGACAAAGUACAAAUCGAUCCCCUAUGAGGAGUGCAUUUUUCAGAUGUAUUUUUUUGUAUUUUUUACUGACCUGGACAGCUUCCUUAUUACAUCAAUGGCGUAUGACCGAUAUGUUGCCAUAUGUCACCCUCUCCACUACACUGCCAUCAUGAGGGAAGGGCUCUGUGCCUUCUUAGUGGUUAUAUCUUGGAUUCUGUCUUGUGCCAGCUCCCUCUCUCACACCCUUCUGCUGACCCAGCUGUCUUUCUGUGAUGCAAACACCAUCCCCCACUUCUUCUGUGACCUUGCUGCCCUGCUCAAGCUGUCCUGCUCAGAUAGCUUCCUCAAUGAGCUGGUCAUGUUCACAGUAGGAGUGGUGGUCAUUACUCUGCCAUUCAUGUGUAUUCUGGUAUCAUAUGGCUACAUUGGGGCCACUAUCCUGAGGGUCCCUUCAACCAAAGGGAUCCACAAAGCGUUGUCCACGUGUGGCUCCCAUCUCUCUGUGGUGUCUCUGUAUUAUGGCUCAAUAUUUGGCCAGUACCUUUUCCCGACCGUAAGCAGUUCCAUUGACAAGGAUGUCAUUGUGGCUCUAAUGUACAUGGUGGUCACACCCAUGUUGAACCCCUUUAUCUACAGCCUUAGGAACAGGACCAUGAAAGAGGCCCUUGGGAAACUCUUCAGUAGAGCAAAGUUUUUCUCUUGGUGACAUCUGACAUUUUAAGCAAUUCAAAUCUCAUUUUGGUUUAUCUCAUGUAUUUGGUUUUCCAUUUGAAUAUGUCUCAAAACCUUUUAUAUCUUGAAGCCCUAAGACAAAUGUUAACAUGUUGAAUGUAACUGGUAAAUAUUUGUUGACCAGAAUUCCAUUCUCUUAUUAACAAUGUUAUUCUUUAUAAAUAGUUUUUGAUCAGUGAAUGCUAAAUUAAUUUUAUUUUUCUUUCUGCAACUUGGAGAAAUGACAUAACAAUACAGCAGUAUAUAGUUUUGAUAUCGCUUAUUUGAGGAGAUUUUUGGAAACAUAUAUGUUUUUGGCCCAUAAUCCUAGGCUUUAACACAACAUAGAAUUGAAAGAAUUGGUGAUAUUAUUUUACUACCCUCUAUAAGGUAGACUGGGUGUGAUCAUUAGUGAAGUGAUCAGACAACUCACAGAAGAGACAGUUUCAAGGCAUUUCAUAGUCUUUAAUAAAAUUUCACUGUGAAUCUCUGUGUUAAUUCAGUAGAAGAUGGGCUAAAAAUAAAAAAUCUUCAGUAGAUAUGUAUGUAUUGAUAUGCAUGAGAAAUAGAAAUGCAAACAUAGUCACAACACAUUAUUACAGAAAAAGAAAGUGAUGAAGCACUAUAAAAUACAUUCCAUUAUGUAAACAGAUAUGUUUAUGAAUAAAAGUCAUUUAUUUCAUUUUAUUAUUUGUUUACUUUUGAGUUGGAAGUUUGCUCUU